UUACAUUCCUAGUGGAUUUAACAUAAAAUAUUUUUUUAUUAUGGGUUGUGACGGUGGAACCAUUCCUACAAGGGAUGAAUUAGUAAAACAAAAACAAAAGCCCGAACAAGUUGAUAAAGAAGCCGAAAGGGCAGCUAAAUGGCAAUACUGUGCUAGUAGCCAGGAAGAAUUAAAACAACCUAUUGUAGCUUGUCAGUUAGGAAAAUUAUACAACAAAGAAAUUAUCUUAAAUCAUCUUAUUACCAAAACUCUCAUUCCAAAUGCUCCUCACAUUAAAAGUUUAAAGCAUGUUAAAAAUUUGAAUCUAACCUUAAAUCCAAAAUAUUUAAUUAAUGAUGUUGCUGCAACUAGUUCCACAUUAGAUACAAAAAUGGCAACAAAAGGCAUUAAAAGUAAUUAUUCUGCAAGAUAUAUAUGCCCAGUCUUAGGUCUAGACAUGAAUGGCACCCACAAAUUUUGCUAUAUAAUAACAUGUGGCUGUGUUAUAUCUGAGAAGGCACUCAAAGAGAUCAAGGAAGCAAGAUGUCCUAAGUGCAAUACAGUUUAUUCCCGAGAUCUAGAUAUAAUUACUUUGAAUCCAGAUGAAGCUGAGUUGGAAGCCCUGAAAGUGAAAAUUGUACAACGGUUAGCCAACACAAAGCUAAAAAAUGGUCAAACACUGGUUUGCCAAAAUGGAGAUGAAAUAUCGAAACAUAAAAAAACAAACGAAAUUUCAAAAACCUUUAAAAAAACCAAAAGAUUACUCGCUGAAGCCAAUGACGUACCAUCGCCUACCUUAUCAACAUCGGCAAAUACAAAUAAUAUAGUGAAAGCAGCUGUUUUAGAGAGCCACAAGAAAUUGUGCAGAGAAGAUUUUUUUGCUUCUAAAGCUUACAAAUCUAUAUUCAGCUCAUCCACCCAGGCCCCUUCUUCUUGAUAUGGCACCAACAUUAUUUAGUACAACACUUAAAAUUUACGUACAAAUGAUUUUUCUUAUUAUAUACCAUUGGGAAUUUCAUUAAUUUAAUAUUUUUGAAAAUGUAUUUUUUUUAAAAUUAUGUAAUAUAUUUAUAUAUAAAUACACAAUUAUUAUAUUUGCGACUAAAAUUGACACAAAUUACUAUUU